AAACUUUACUUCACUUUCAUCUAGCAGUCCCUUCAAAGUGCCGUUCUUAGCUCCCCCUUCGAUCAGCAUCCUUGUCCUUUUACCUUUCCAGACCAUAAACACAUUCAUAAACACAUAACUUUCCAACUUACGUGCCACCCCAAACAUGUCUUAUGCCGAAGUAGCCGCCAAGGGCCCGGAACAGUCCGCAGAAGAGGUACGCGGGGUUUAUAAGGAUGAAUCCGAGAGCACCGCCUCGCUAGUCGAUGUAGAUUCGCAACAUGUUACCGUCGUGGAUUCGAAUUUUCUGGAUCAAGACAUCAAGACCACCACUCAAGCCGAGCGGGUAGAGCGGGAAGAGUCUGAGGAAAACAAGAAAGCGAAAGAAGAACGAAAAGCUAAGGCCAAGGCCAAGGCUAAGGCUUCUGGAAUAUGUCGCAACUCGGAUAAUCCGGUCUAUAUCGGCAAUGCUGUGCUUUUGAGCUUGGUGGGCGCAGGACUAGGGUUCGGUGCAUACCGGAAACAUGUCGAAGGCAAACUCUCCUGGGAGCUGAUUGGGCUUUGGUCUGGCGCUGUUGGAGCAUUUGGUGCGGUUGAUUAUUUCGUCAGCAAGUAAGUUCCUCGGUGUGCUCAAUGUCACCUGAAGCCUGUUUGCUAAUGCUUAACUCUGUCAGGUGGUUUCUCCAAAACAAGUACCCUCCCAAGUAGAUAGAGGGUUUUACUGUUCCUGGCAUUCUUCAGUCUGGAGGUCUGUUUCUAUAUGACCGUUUCUGGGUGUCAGAUAUUUCAUUAUAGCUCUGUUACCCACGCUUCCCAAGAGCCGGCGUUGGCGCAGUGAUGGAUCUUUUU